AUCCAUCUGUAGCUAUGAGUGGUAAACCUGAUCUACUGCCUGAUGCUUCUAAUGAUACAAAAUAUCAAUCUAACCAGAGUAUAACUGAUAUAUCAUCACAUCAAACAUCACCUGCAUCACAUAUAGACAAUAGAACAGAUAGGAUUAAUAAACGAUCUGAUGUAAUGACGUCUGCUAUAUACAGAUCCGAAGAUUCAGUACCACGACUAGUAACAAAUAUACGUAAUUCACCACCAUUGAGCCUGUCCGAAUCAACACCGACCCAUACAGAACAUACGGAGGGAACACCAAGUUUUACCACCUCCAGUCCAAGUUGUUCAAGUGAUGUCCUUGGUAACAUGAAUUGUAAUAAGAACAGUCGGCACGAUACCAGUAUGGAACCAGGCUUGUCACCAGCUUCGUUGAGCCCUGAGAAAUAUUCACCCAAGAAAGUUAGUAGUAGUGAAACAUCCGAAUCCUAUUCUAGUGCAUUAGAACAACAAACUUCUACCACUAGUGUUUAUGUUGUAGAAAAAGAAGAAGUUAGGGUUUUAUAUGAUAAAGCAUAUUUUGCGAUUAGUGGCAUCAUCAAACAUUUAGUUUUAGUGGAACUGCAGGAACCACAGAUGUCUGAUUGA